AUGGCUGGUAUGCCUUUUGCUCUUGAGUGGGAUGAGGUGAGAAGCAUCGAGGCGCAGAGCCUACAUGAAUGUGACAAAGAUGAACUGGAGGAUCUAGUCACACGCUUCACCUCGACAGAAGAGUGGCAGUUGGAGCAUCAAACACAGGAAGACAUUGUCCACCUCCUCCGAGUGUUUCAGGCCCUGCUCAAGACGAAACAUCAGGAAGCAUCGCUCGCCAUGCAGCUGAUAGAAGAGCAAGAGAAAAAUGAAAAUAAACUCCAAGACAAGGUGAUGAGACUGGAGGAUGACCUCAAGUACGCCAAGAGUGGCGGAGGUGGUGGUGGGACAGACAAUCGCUUUCUGAGGAAUGAAAUCAGUCAGCUAGAAACUCAACUGGAACAGAAAGAAAAGGAGGUGACCCACUUGAGAAGAGACAUGGGAGGAAGCAAGAAGACCAUUGAGGAGUUGGUCAAGCGGGCAGAGGCAGCUGAGGACGAGGUGAAGACGUUGAGAAGAGAAAUAAAAAAGCUCAAGAAGAAGAACACACAGCUCCAACAGGAUGCGGAUUUUUAUCAAGGAGAGUUGGAACGUAAGGAGUCAGAAACGACCAAAGAGGAGAACGCGGAGACUCAGCGGAAGCUGAACUCAGCCAACCGCCAGCUCUCCCAAUGCCUGGACGACCUACAGCAAGCAGAGGAUGAGAUCGUACAACUGAAAGCAGACAACCUACACAUGCAGAAAUGUGUGAUGGAGUCAGCCAAGGAGAUGGAAAAGAUGAGCGAUGAAUACAACAAGAUUAAAGUAGCAGUCCAUCAAUGCGACUCCCUAAUAGACCAGCUGCGGAAAGAGAGGGAUCUUGCCGAGCUGCAGGUCAGAGAGUUGACACAGAAGAUUAAUGACAUGACUGAAGAGAAUGACCCCAUUAUGGCAGCAGUCAAUGCGAAAGUGGAACAAUGGAAGGUUGUGCUCUCUGAAAAGGAUGAGGAGAUUUCGGUGUACCAGCAGAUGAUCCGUGACCUCCAGCACAAAUUGCGCGUGGCUCAGUUGGACUUGGACAGAAGCAGCAUUAUUGCCUUGCAACAGUCCGUGGAGGACCGAGAUGAACAGAUCAAGAUCCUGAGAGAACAAGUUGAGCAGUUUACUGGUGAAAUGGAAAAGCAAACGCUGCUUAUGGAGGGUUUGAAGGUGCCGAAAAACGAAAGUGGAGUGCCGGUCCAGCAGAGAAAGAUGGAGGAGCUCACAUCUAAGCGGGAUGCUGCCGAGAAAAGGGCAGCAGAAGCGGAGGAGGCUUUGAAGAGAGCUGAAAGUCACGCCGAGGAAAAAGACCAAGAGCUCAUUGAAGCCUACAAGCGCCUGAAAGAUUAUGAGCGUGGCACAUAUGGCCUUGAAGAAGCCAUCAAUGAGAUCAAGGAUUGUAAAAGUCAAAUCCGAAGCAGGGAUUUGGAGUUGGAGGCCGUGACCAAAGAGAUCAACCGAGCGUAUAUAACAAUCAACCAGCUCACAGAGGAAAAUGAGGAUUUCCGGGAAAGACUUGGCUAUGAACCAAGACAUGAAGUGGACCUUGGUGAAUUCAAGCACGCCAGAAGCUUCAAACAACGGCAGUACAAAGCUGAAAAUCAAGUACUCACUAAAGAGAUUGAGCGUCUUGAAGAGGAACGACUAGAGAUGAAAAAGCAAAUCAGACUACUUGCCAAAGAGAAAGGGCUACCUCUAUCGAUAUUGGUGGAGGACGAUGUCACACACGGCGCAAGGGGGCCAAAGGCUCACAUGGAUGAAGAGCUCCGAGCCAAGAAGGAGCACCUUGAAGAAGAAGUGAAAAUGCAGAAGAGACAACUAGAGCUGCAGAAGACUGAGUUUCAACUCAAAUUGGAUCAGCUCUCCAAAGAAAAAGGAGAUGUGGAAGCUGCACUCAAAGACGUCCUCCAGGCUUUAAAAACCAAGGAGAGCUUUCCAUCUAAUGCUCAUUCAAGUAUUACCGGUCUGGUCGAUGUAAGUAAUCUCCCUGUCAAGGAGGAGAACAUGGGAGGCAAACAACUGACGGGGGAUCUUAAGUCUCAAAUCCAUGAGCUGGUGGGCAGGAAUGAGGAGCUGCGGCGUGAACUGAAAUCCACUCGUGAGGAAGCAACUUGCAGCAUCGCUCAACUCGCUGCUUCAAAAGAGAAGAUAAAUCACCUUGUGGGCGAGUUGGAAGACCUGAGGAAGUCUGGCAAUAUCAUCGGUGGAGCCCUUUUCAAACCUUUGAGUCUCCCCGAAGGUCUGGAGCCGAGCAAUAUGGAGGUCAUCAACUCCUUAAACGAGUACACCAUUCGUCUUCUUCAGGAGCUUCAGAACAAAGAGAACACAAGGGACAUGCUGACUAAAACAUUAGAGGAAUACAAAGAGAAGUUUGCAAUUAUCAGCCAUCAACAAGGGCUUCUGUAUGAGGAAUACCUCAGUGAAAAGUCGCGAUGGGAGAAGGAAAAUAAUGCUCUGGUAACCACCAGAACUAAACUUGAGGAGCAAGGGCAGGAGGAUGCUGUCAAACUCCAGCAGUUCAACGAACUACUGGAUGCCCUUGAGAAGGACCCGGAGGAAGUCAAGCGGCAUUUAAGCGAAGUGCUUCGCAAGCUGACCUUGUCCAAAGUCAACGAGAAGAAGCUAACUCGACGCUGCACCACCCUAAUGGAACAGGAGCAACACCUACGCAAAGAAAAUGCCCGAUUGCGGGAUGCGGAUGUUCAAAUGCAGACUGCCGUCACACAGAGGAUAGGCUACCUUCUUAGAUGCAAGGAAUCGGCAGCGUACCGGAUUGCAGCACUGCAGAAGUCCUUGGAUGAAAGCGUGCCAGCGUCUGAGCUGGAGAAAGCUAACAGGCAGUACACAGAACUCACCGUCAAGUACAGGGACGUGCUGCAGAGAGAUGGACUACUUGUCAAGAGGACCACCAACUUAGAAAAUUUGGAGAGUGAAAAUGUAUCUCUACGAGGGCAUAUGUCCACUAUCAGUAAAGAGUUAGAGAUCACGAAGGAGAAGCUGCACAAGCUGGAGCAUGCAUGGGAGAAUGUUCAGACAGAAAAGGACGAGGGCAACACAGAGAAUGGUACUGACCAUGGGACAUCGGCUGCCAGGCGGAUGGCCACACUGGAGAUGAAGGAGCUGAAUGAGCGACAAAGGGCAGAGCACGCCAACAGCAUGUACGAACAGAUGAGGAGCUCACUCAGUAAAGUGGAGGACCGAAAUGCUGAGCUGGAGGCCAAGUUUGCUGAGCUGACGAAAAUGAAUGUAGAGGCGCAGCACGUGGAGCGAGAGCUGAGGGACGAGCUGGCCAACUGCGUCACCAAAGCAGCCGGUGAUGCCGACCGGGCAAAGAUCGCACAGCUGGAGGCCGUUGAAGCACAACUACGCACUGAGCUAUCAAAGGUUCGGGAGGUUUCUGACAUUGCUAUGAAACAAGCAUCAGCGUUCCAGGCUAGACAACAUUCUAAAGACAAGGAAAUGGAAUCUUUGAGAAGGCAAAUCUUAGACUACCAAUCUCAAUCUGACGAAAAGGCCCUGGUAGCCAAGCUCCACCAGCACAUUGUGGCACAGCAACUCAGCGAGUCAGAUGCCCUGGCCAAACUAGCUGCUUCUGCUGCCCACAUCCGUCAGCUGGAGGCGCUUUUGCGGCGCACCGAGCAGCGUCUGGAUGCCAGUGAGCAGGCGCUGUACCUGGCCCGUCAGGAGGGUGGCAACCGGUGCAGACGCCUGCGCCAGACGGUGCAAUCUCUGCGCCGGCAAUUUGCCGGCGCACUGCCAUUGCAGCAACAGGAGAAGUUCUCAUCCACCCUGGUGGGUCUCCAGGAAGAGCGUGCAAAGGCUUGCCAGGAGAGGAGGAAGGCAGAGGAGGAACGCAGGAGGGCAGAGGGCCGGGCCGAGGAGCUGGAGUUGAGGCUCCAAGGCCUAGAAGAGCUCUGUGCUACACUGAAGGAUGUCAAAGGGGCCCAGAAGGUACGCGAGUGGCACAAGAAGUUGGAAGAAGCUCAUUUGCAGGAGCUGAGGAAAAGUAGGGAGGUGGUUGUUCAGAAGGAGGAGAUCCUGUACCUGAAGAAAUUGCUUGAGGAGCAGGAAAGAAACAUUCACUCACUGGAAGAGGAGAUUGUGCAGCUAAAUACGAUUCAAGAAGAGCGACAACUUGCAUGGGAUCAGCGAGAGUUGGAAUUGGAACAUCAGCUAGACCAGCACGAGAGCCACCAGAAGGAGUUACUGGGAAUCUCUGACAAGGUAAAAGAUGCCACCAGCUACUUUCCAGACACAAAUCUUCCUCUCACUCAACAACUCGAGCUUGCCUUGAAAAAAAUCAGCGAGCAAGCUGAAGCUGUCUCAGACUCGCAGGAAGCUUGCAACCGUUUGAAUGAGAAACUGAAAGAGAAAGAAGCGGCUUUGCGAAAGUCUGAACAGAAUGUGGUUUCCAGAGACAAAGUUAUCAAUGAGCUGCGAAUCCGCCUCCCAACGGUUGUCACCAGCGGCGGGCGUCUACUGGAGGAUGCUUGCGAGCGUGACACAGAAGCUCUCAAGCUUGUGCACAAGACUGUGAAAGAUCUCCAAGAGCGGUUAGAUAAGAAAGAUGGCGUUCUCAAGAAGUACCAGAACCAGUUGACGCAAGCUGUAAAGGAUCAAGAGGAUAUGAUCAAGAGACAUGAUGAAGAGCUGAGGACGCUCUAUCAGAAGCUUGACUCCAACAACGACAACACACUGGACCGUCUCAAACAGCAGGCAGUGGAGAUGAUGAAGAAACCCAGGAUCAUUGUGCCUACCUCCAAACAUUUGGACCACAUGGCCGAGUUGGAACAGACAGUGUUUGAACAAGACGUGUCCCUCACAUCCAUCACCAAAAAGCUGAAGAUGGCUGCCAUGGAGCUGGAGCAAGUCAAGAUUGCCAUGGAAACACAGGCCAAGAAACACAGUGACGAGAUCUCCAGGCUGAAGGAGUCUCACGUUGUAGAGGUCGAAGAGCUGGCCAUGGAGAACAAAGACCAGAGGAAAGAGAUAAUGGAGCUGAAGAAAGAAGUCGACACACUUCAGAAUGAGCUGGAAACCCAAAGGGAGGCCAACAUUCUGUCGCCCAGCAACACCAUGAAAAACCUGGUGGAACGCCUCAGACUCCAGCUGGUCCACAAAGAGAAACAGAUCAAGGCUCUCAGCAAAGUUCUCCUUGAACUGCGGACCCAGAUGACAUCUGCUGCCGAACAACAAGUCUUGACUAACGCUGCACAGACCGAGGAGAGGCUCAACAUACAAAAAUUGGUUGACAAGCACACCAAAGACUUAAAGGAUCAGGUGCAAGAGCUUAAUAACGAGUUACAAGCAGCAAAAGAGUCAGCCAGGAGAAGCGAAAGCAUCCUCAGAAAAGAGGUGGACAGUCUGAACCAAGAGCUACAGAAGAACCAGAACCAUCAAAAGAGCCUUCAGGCCAAGAAGGAGGCAGGAGAACAGGAAAUACAGGAGCUCCAAAAACAAGUCAAGAGGCUGAACAGCUGCAUUCAGAAUCAACCUGUGCUAGAGGGAAAGGGGCAAACUAUUGAGAAUUUGCAGAAAAAGAUCAGGAAGUUGGAGUCAGACCUGGAAAAGAGUGCCGAACUCAAGAGAGUCAAUCAGGGAAAGAACAAAGAGGAACUACUGCUGUGGGAGGAGGGUAAGAAGUGGCAAUCUAAAUUGGAGAAGGUAAAGACUGCUCUGAAGGACAAGGAACAAGAAAACGACACUCUGUCCAAACAGCUCACCACUAUAAAAGACCUCUAUACCAGACUGGAGCGAGAGAAGAACAUUCUGCUGAGGAAAACAAAGGCUCGAGGAGUAACUGCAGACCAGGUGGCAGGAGCAAGACGAGAUGAGCUCGAAAAGCACAUCGAGGAGCUUACGAAAAAGAAUGCAGAGCUGGAGACUGAGUUGAUCUCCAUCAAGCAGCAACAGGCUUUAAGUCAUGAUGAUGCUGUGGAAGAUCUGACUCGGAGGAACCGCCAGCUGGAGGAAAGACUGCAAGCCGUUGAGAAUCAGAUAUCUCCUUCGAGACCACAUGUGUCAGAGAACGAUACGGUGAUGCCAAGAGAUCAUGACACGCAAAAAGAAAAUCUCAGACUAGCUUCAGAGAAUCUGGAGCUCCGUCUCCAACUGGCACAGGCAAACAUCGACUUGCCAAAGCUGAAGAGUAAAGUUGCAGACCAGGAGGAACUGAUCAGUGCCUUAAAAAAGGAAUGUGCUGAUUUGCAGAAAAGGCUGGCCAAUACCAAAUUUGUGUACAGCGGUAAGACUGUUUCUGAACUUGAGAAGACCAUCCAGUUGAUGAAGAAGGUGGUGGAGAAGGUAAAAAAGGAGAAUGAGGCACUAAAGAAAAACUCAACUCACAGUCAGGAUAAGGCCUUGGAGCAGGAAUACAAAAAGCUUCAGGCCGAAUGCAGCAAAGUGAAGGGUGAGCAUGCGGCAGAGAUUCGCAAAUUGGAAUCUAAAUGCAGGGGACUGGAGAAGAUUGUGAUGGAGAAUGAACGGCUACGAAAACAAAUCAAACGGGAAGCGGAGGCUGUAGAGAAGCUGCAAUUGUCCAAGACCAGCGUGGAACAGUCCUGCGAGAAGCUGGAAGCCGAGUUGGAGGAAACAAAGGAAAGACUCCGUGAUGCGCUGUCACGACCCACUGUGGAUGUCACGGAUGGGAAGUCCAGCAAGACAUCUGUUGUGACUCGAAUGUUUGAGAACAAGAUGAAGGAGCUUGAGAAGGAGCUUGUGACUAAAAACUCUAGCCUGGCAGAACUCAAAGACAAGUUGAAGGAAGCAAACCGAAACCAGGAAACUGCGCGGAUCCGUAUCCGGCGACUUGAAGACCAGGUCAAGUUCUGCUGUCCGGCCGAGCAAUUGAACAUUGUCAGCGGUCUGCAUACAGAAGCUGAUGUCACAAAGGAAAUCUGUGACUUGAGGAAAGAGAACACCAAGUUAAAGCAAAGACUAGAGAACAGCGAGCAACGAGGGAAAGAGGACAGAGAUAAAUGGAAGCUGAGAGAGCUCCUCAAAUCAGCAGAGGUCGAGAAAAGUGAAUUAGAAGGCCAAGUCCAAGCGCUAAAGGAAGAACUUGGAAAGUUGGAUACAACCUUCUUUGAUGAGAUUGAGGACUUGAAGUACAACUAUAACAUGGAGGUGAAGAAGAACAUUAUGCUGGAGGAGCAGCUGAGGAAAGCGUGUGACCACUGCCGUCAGUUGAGAUGA